AUGGCUACGGCCAUCGCUGCUCAUAAUCAAUGUAAAAUGCGAAGGGAGGAAAGAGAAGAAAGGGCGGCCAAAUCUAGAGGUUUAACAGACUUCCGCAGGCAUGACCCUCCCAAGUUUCAUGGAGACGUGGAUCUUGAAAAGGCUGACAAGUGGUUACGGGAAGUGGAAAAGAUCUUUGAAGUGAUUCGAUUCCCACCUGAAGUUAAAGUGAAUUAUGCCACUUAUCUGCUACUUAGUGAUGCUGAAUAUUGGUGGAGGAGCACAAAAUUGAUGAUGGAAGCUGCUCAAGUAGAGAUUAACUGGGAGUCUUUUCAGAUGAAGUUUUUGGACAAAUAUUUUCCGGUAAGUGCUAGAACAAAAUUGGGAGAUGACUUUCUGAAGAUCUGCCAGGGUAGCAUGACUGUGGGAGAAUAUGCGGCAAAGUUUGAAUCCUUAUUGCGAUACUUCAAGUUUUUUCGUAAAACCAUUGAUGAAGACUUUAUGUGUCACCGUUUCCAAGAUGUAUUGAAGUAUGAAAUUCAAGAUUCGGUACUACCUCUGGGAAUGACGCGAUUCCAACCCCUAGUGGAAAAGUGUAGAGAGGUAGAGGCUAUGAAGAACCACAGGCUGAAUCGUGGGGGUACUAGUAACCACGGGGGACCAACACGACCGAGUAAUCAGAACCAGGGUCGUAGUAGACCAGAUCAAAACCCAUAUCGUCGUCCCCAAGGGUCAGAUAAGGGACCAUAUCGUCCAAUGACCUCCAUUUCAGAUGAUAGACAGAGGACUUCAGAAUCAAAGCCAUACUGUUAUCAUUGUGAAAACCCAAGACACCUUGCGAAUAAGUGCACUCUCAACGGCAGUGUAUGUUUUAAAUGCCAGAAACCCGGACAUCUAGCCAGGGAUUGCAAAGAACCAAAAGCAAAAGCCUCACUGAAUGCAACUGAAGUCACACGCCCAACAACUCAAGGACGAGUUUACAAUAUAAAUGGUCAAGGGACGUCUCGUCUGAAUGAAUCCUUCCAAGGGGAGUGUGAAAUCUCAGGUAAUAUUCUAACCGUCCUUUUUGACUCUGGUGCAACACAUUCAUUUAUCUCUAUGGAGUGUGUGGAGCUAUUGGAAUUGCAUAUCACAACCUUAUUGUUUGAUUUGUCUGUUACCACUACUGCUGAUAAUACUUUAAUUGCAAAUACGGCAUGUAUGCAUUGUCCUAUAGUUGUGUUGGGUAGGAAAUUUAAUGUGAAUCUCAUUUGUCUACCUCUUAAGAACCUCGACGUUAUCCUUGUUAGGGGUAUCUAUGAUAUAGGUGAUGAGGAAUCUAUUGAAAUUGAAGAAAUUCAUAAGCAAUUAAUGAACGACACAAGUGAAGCUACUCUUAAUGUUAAUGAUUUGGUUAGAUUUGAAGUUGAAGAUGAUAAUGAUUUCUUUGAAGUUGUGGUUGAUAUUUAUAAUAUGGAUGAUAAUGGGGAUGAUGAGAAAGACGAAGACAAUAUCUUCUAG